ACCCCAGUUCCUAUAGCAAAGUUCAAAGUGUGCCCAGAUUACGCAGUUGUGUCUCUGACAGUGUGCAGGACGCUUGAACACUCAUUCUGCUGUGGGACUGGACACGCAUGGCGAUGAGAGGAUCUGUCGUGUUUUCACUCUGCGUCCUGAUCCAGCUGAGUCUACAAAACACAGUCACAGAAGAGGAUGGUACGUCACGUCACGAGCGCGUUCACUUGCAUAACAGACCUGUCCUGCAAACCAAACUUGGGGCCCUGAAGGGUGAGUAUGUGAAAGCGAAGGGGAAGGACACAGUUGUUCAUUCCUACCUGGGCGUUCCCUUCGCCAAGCCUCCUGUGGGCCCACUGAGAUUUUCUCCUCCACAGCCUGCAGAGAAAUGGGACGGAGUGAGAGACGCUGCCAAACAGCCCUUCAUGUGUCUGCAGGAAAAGCAGUUCAUUGUAGACUUGGCAGCCAAUCUGUCUAUGAAUAUAGAGGUUCCUGACUCAUCAGAAGACUGUCUUUACCUCAACGUCUACACACCUUCUAAACCUGGAGCAAAUGACAAGUUCCCUGUCAUGGUUUGGAUCCAUGGUGGAGGUUUUUCUUCGUGCUCUGCGUCCCUGUUUGACGGACAUGUUUUGGCUGCCUAUCAGGAUGUAGUUGUGGUCCUGAUUCAGUAUAGACUUGGCCUACUUGGAUUUUUCAGCACCGGGGAUGAACAUGCUCCAGGAAACUAUGGUCUUCUGGACCAGGUCGCCGCUCUUCAGUGGGUUCAGGAGAACAUCCACAGCUUCGGUGGAGAUCCUGGAUCAGUCACCAUCUUUGGAGAGUCUGCCGGAGGAGUCAGUGUGUCUUUACUUGUUCUUUCUCCAUUAUCGGCAAACCUCUUCCAUCGUGCCAUCGCAGAGAGCGGCACGGCAGCGAUGGAUGCUAUACUGAAUCCCAACCCUCUGGCAUUAGCUCAGGCUGUAGGAAAUGCAUCUGGCUGUGAUAUUUCCAGCCCAAAGGAGAUUGUUGACUGUAUGAUGCAGCUGACAGAAGAGGAUAUACUGAAGAUCGCUAAGGAUUAUCCGAUGCUUCCUUUUGGAGUGACGAUGGAUGGCCUGUUCAUGCCCAAACCUGUAGCAGAGCUUCUUCAAUCCCACGAGUUCAACAAAGUGCCUCUGAUCACGGGAAUCACAGAUGAUGAGUGGGGAUAUGUGAUGCCUAACUUCUUCUCACCUCCAGGAUGGACCGACGGGAUGGACAUGGAGCAGAUCUUGCCGUUUUUGACCAUGUUUAAUCCUGCUCUUCAGGAUCAGUUAGUUGCCGAGCUUGUCUUGAAUGAGUAUCUGGGCACAUCUCCUGACAGGACCAAAAUCCGAGAUGGUUUUCGAGAGAUAAUGGGGGACUUUAUGUUCAACAUCCCAGCUCGUAAACUGGCGAAUUACCACAGAGAUGCUGGUGCACCAGUAUACGUGUAUGAAUUCCAGCACCCUCCGAGUAUACUUCGAAAGAAAAGACCCAGUUUCGUUGGAAGUGACCAUACAGAUGAAAUUGCAUUUGUUUUUGGUUCCUGCUUUGCAGAUGGACGUAUAAAGCUGAAAGAGGAUCUCUUAGAAGAAGAGAAUGAACUUUGCAGGACUGUCAUGGCUUACUGGGGAAACUUUGCUCACACUGGGUCUCCGAAUGGUCCGGGCCUCACAGAGUGGCCUGAGUUUGGAGCCGAGGCCGAGUAUCUCAGCAUUGGACUGGAACAGAAACCUGGGAAAGAUCUGAAGGGCAAACACUAUGCAUUCAUGACCGAGACGCUCCCAGAUUUCAUUCGUCAAAGCAGAGAGAAAAGAGAGCGCUCAGAACUGUAAAAAACAGUUGCACUUGAAUGCAUGGAUGACACACAAAAAAAUAACUGUGAUCCGAUUAAUUAAUUAACCUGAGGAAAUCAAAUGAGUUUAUUUUGGUGCUUCACUUAAAAUUUUAUAACAAAUUGUAAAAUUUUGCAAAAGACUUAUAAAUGUCCAAGUAACUAAUGCUUUGUAGCAAAUAAGCUCAAGACGACGUGUAUAUAAAUAAUUACAAUUCUAAUUAAUUCCACUAAUUUAUAUCAGCUGGCAGUAGUAACUGUAGCAGAAUUAAUAUUUCCA